UUCGAAGGCCAAGCCACGAUGAGCAAGAAUCUCAGGCCCACGCGAUCUCAUUCCUUCUUCUCCUCUGUCACAUUCCUAUCCCUGCUCUGAAAUUCUUCCGUCACGAAGCGUAGUUUCCAUUCUCUCCCGAAUCUCCCACCUUCCAACGAGAGAGACAGGAGAGGGAAAGAAACACAGCUGGGUUGUUUUCAGCUUCCUCUCCGUACAUGUAAGAAGGAUCAGGCUUUGGGUUUGUUCGUGUUGAUGUGAAGAUUCGCUUUUGAGGUGCGGAAUCUACGUUUGGAGAUGGCUGGUGGGAGUAAUUUAAAUAUGAAAACAGAGGGCUUGCAACCUCCGUCAAAUAGGAAUAUUGAAGAAACUUUGAAGAGUGAGCUUGAAAGGAUACUUCAAGAGCAGCGCGAUCCACAGUUAAUCUAUCAAGAAAGGGAUCUCAAUAUUUUUCGGAGUGGAAGUGCUCCUCCAACAGUAGAGGGAUCUUUGAGCGCGGUUGGUGGUCUUCUAAGGAACUCUGAUAUUGGAUUGGUCAAUAGUAGGAGCAGUAAUAAUAGUGGGCUUUUGACUGAAGAUGAGCUUCGUUCACAUCCCUCUUAUCUUUCGUAUUAUUAUUCACAUGAAAAUAACAAUCCAAGGCUGCCCCCACCAUUGGUGUCAAGAGAAGAUUGGCGUGCUGCUCAAAGGUUUCAGGUUGGUGGGUCUUCAUUUGAGGGAUAUGGAGACUGGAGGAAGAAGUUGGGUGCAAAUGGUAAUAGUUCAUCAUUAUUUUCAAUGCAGCCUGGAAUUUCAGUGCAACAGGCGGAGAAUGAUCUGAUGGAGCUGAGGAAAACCAGUGGCCGAAAUCUAUCUGGGCAGAAUUCUGCACAGUGGAUUGACCGUAGUACAGAUGGUUUGGCCAGAAUGUCUGGUGGGAGUCUUGGCGUGAGGAGGAAGAGUUUUGCUGACAUUCUUCAGGAAGGCCUUGAUCAGCCUGCUUCCAUGUCAGGUAAUAUGUCACGUCCAGCAAGUUACACUGCAUUUGCUGAUAUUAUGGAUUCAACUGGCACGGCUGAUCAUUACCCAACAGGUUUAUGCAAUGAAGUUAAAUCCUUGGAUUGCUUAAAUUCUGCAGCUGCUACUUCUGGUCUGGAUGGACUUCAGAACCAUGGUGUAAUGGUUUCUCAUGGUUUUGCAUCUGCUGUGGGUUCAUCCCUGUCAAGGGGUCCAACCCCUGAACCUCAGGUCAUUGGUAGACCUCGUGGGCCAGCACUUGCUCCUGGUGCUAGUAAAGCUGGGUUUGUUGAGAAUAAUGUAGGUUUGAGUGCCCAGAAAGUUCACUCUUCCAGCAUGACUGAACUUGCUGAAAUGAUGUCUUCUUUAUCUAGCAUGAAUUUGUCUAAUACUAGACAUGCAGAGCAAGAUAAUCUCCUGCAAUCUAGGCUACAAAAGGAAAUUGGUAAUCAUCCAGAUCUUUUAUUUAGAACAAUUAGUAAUGGUAACAACCUUGUUGAACUGCCCAGACAUGAUGAGAUUCUAAUGAACCUUAAUGCAAUGACUUCAAAUGAGCAAGCCAAUAUAAUGAAAAGAAGUGCUUCGUCUGCUAGUGUUCACUCAAAAGUCAAUUCUAUUGGAAAUGUCCAUCACACUCGUGCAAGUUUGCCAAGUAUAGAUGUUGCCGGCCUUGUUCAUGGUGCAUAUCCUGUAAACUCAAAUUUAAAUGCCGUGUACAAGAAUCACAUUGACACAGCUUUGGGAGAUCAGGGUGAUGGAAAAAGUUUAGAAUCAUUAGGAAAUCAAGUUGGUCCUGAUCUUCAUUCCUCAUCUGUGGACCCAUGCUUCAUCCAACGGGCGCGGCAAGGUUCUGAUUACUUGAUGCAUGGUCCAGGUGAUCUUUCUCAAGUGAGAAAUUUCUCUGGUAUUACACAUGGAGACUUUGAGGGACUUCAGAAAGCAUAUCUUGAGACACUUCUUUCUCAACAAAAGCAACAGUAUGAACUCUCACUUCUUGCCAAAUCUGGGUUUCUUAAUUAUGGGUUCUAUGGGAGUCAACCAUGUGGUCUUGGCAUAUCAUACUCAGGAAAGCAGAUCUCAAAUUCCUUACUUCCUUCUGUUGGAUCUGGAAAUCCACUGUUUGAGAAUGCAAGUGCAUCACAAUUGGAUUCUAUGGUGAAGAGUUCAAUAGGAGGUUCUAUUGGGUCAUGUCAUAGUGAUGUUGGCAAUAGCAUGGACGGUAGAUUUGUAUCAUCCUUACUAGAUGAGUUCAAGAACAAGGCUAGGUCUUUUGAACUUUCUGAUAUAGUUGGUCACAUGGUUCAAUUCAGUACUGAUCAGUAUGGGAGUCGCUUUAUUCAGCAGAAAUUAGAAACAGCCUCAGCCGAAGAAAAGAUGAAGAUAUUUCCUGAGAUGAUUCCUCAUGCUCGUACCUUGAUGACUGAUGUCUUUGGGAAUUAUGUUAUACAGAAAUUUUUUGAGCAUGGUGCAGAAAGCCAAAGAAUUGAGUUAGUCAGUCAACUAACUGGUCAUGUUUUACCUCUCAGUCUACAAAUGUAUGGUUGCAGAGUGAUUCAGAAGGCAUUGGAGGUGGUUGACAUUGAUCGACAAACUCAAAUGGUUGCAGAGCUUGAUGGUGCAGUGAUGAAAUGUGUACGUGAUCAAAAUGGUAACCAUGUUAUUCAAAAGUGUAUAGAGUGUGUACCUCAAGAUCGAAUUCAGUUCAUCAUCUCAUCUUUCUAUGGGCAAGUUGUGGCACUUUCUACCCAUCCAUAUGGCUGCCGUGUUAUUCAGAGGGUUCUGGAACAUUGUGAUGAUCCAAAUACGCAACAAAUUAUUAUGGAUGAAAUCAUGCAAUGUGUCUGCAAUUUAGCACAAGAUCAAUAUGGAAAUUAUGUUAUUCAGCAUGUCCUGCAACAUGGAAAACCGCAUGAACGAUCUGCUAUUAUCACCAAGCUCGCUGGGCAAAUUGUGAAGAUGAGCCAGCAGAAAUUUGCUUCUAAUGUUGUUGAGAAGUGCCUGACUUUUGGCAGUACUGAGGAGCGUCAACUUUUGGUGAAUGAAAUGCUCGGUACCACUGAUGAGAACGAGCCAUUACAGGCUAUGAUGAAGGAUCCUUUUGGAAACUAUGUUGUGCAAAAGGUUCUAGAGACAUGCGAUGAUCAAAGUCUAGCCCUGAUUCUUUCUCGGAUCAAGGUUCACCUAAAUGCCCUGAAGCGGUACACUUACGGUAAACAUAUCGUUUCUCGUGUUGAGAAGCUCAUAACUACUGGAGAAAGGCGCAUCGGUUUGUUGGCGUAGUCGACUUCUUCUGGCAUCCUUGUUGAGGAGGACAUGUCACCUAAUAAAGAACAUCCUUUUGUACAGUUAACACGGAUGUUGAUUAGUAAGUUCCUACAACGAGCCUUAACUGUGGAGAUUUUUAAAGCCUUGUAGAUAAACACACUCAGCUGGGCCGUUGAAAUAAGCUAUUUUUCUUCAAAACUCUGAAGGGGAGAGUCCACUCUGUAAGUUCAAGAUCAUUACGGUCAUGCCAAUUACUAGUCUUUUUGGGAGUAUAUAUGAUGAGGUCCUUAGUCUGUAAAGCAAAAAAAGUGUAAAUGGUUAAUUGCAGUACAAGUGGUCAGAUGAGGCUUUCAAGUUUCAUAUUGUAAUGUAUGUAAAUAUACUGCAAUCUUGAGGCUGUCUCCUGUCAAUAAUUAUCACGUAUUUUAUGACUCAUAUACCUUUGAGUAUUUUAUUGUAGGUCUUUCCUUUGUUGUGAGUUAA